AUGAUGAGCACUACUGACCUCUCACCUCCAUUGGCUGCAACGCAGCGGUCUGGUCUACAACUCCGCAACAGGAAGGUAGCCUGGCCAACGGUUGAUUCUCCGGGAGCAGGACCAACAGCUGACGAUGGUGUUUCAACCGACAAAAGCGAAAAGAACGUUACUGUUGGCGUUCAAGCCGUCACUCCUCUUACUCAACAGUCCGAAAUAAGUUCUUCGGAACGAAUUAAAGGACCGAGUAGAGGCACCUCUGCUUGUCAGAGAAAGAUAGGAUUGUCCUGGAAGGGCAAAGAAGAGGAAGAGCUUCGGAGGUUGGUCGGUAUUUAUACUGGCCAGACCGGGAUCAUCUCCUGGUCAAAAAUCGAAGAAGCUUGGAAUCAGUUAGCGGACGUCUCCGUAAGGAGCAAAAGCAGCCUUAGUAGUAAGUGGAGGGACUUAAGAUCUAAACCCCACUUGCUAAGUUCGACUGGAGCUCGAGACGACUCAUCUGCGGGCGUCUCGGCCACGAUAGAAGAAGAACUCGUAAGAUCGAAUUCACCCGUUGACCCGCCGAGUAGUACCGUUGUUGCAGAUACCCAUGAAGAAAAAUCGGGUAGCAAAAGAGGAAAGAAGAAGAACAGCAACAACAGAAGAAAUGGAUCGCCCCCUGUCAAUGUAAAUAUUGUAAAUAAUAAUAAUUAUAAUAAUUUUAUUAAUAAUAACAAUAACGACAGUGGAGGCGACAAGGACGAGGGUGAAGGAGGCGAUAAAGCAGAAAUCGCUUUACCAGAGAUUUCAGAAGAUGAUAUACAACCAGAUCUCAGAGCCUUAUUUCAUAGAAAUUUGAAAAAGGCCAGAAAAGAAGGUUGUGAUGGAUUCCGAAAAUCGUUGAAAAAGGUAAAUAUAAAAAGCACUGACCCCUUAAUGAAUAAAGUAGAUAGGCUCAUUAAGGAAGACUUUGUACAGAGGAAGAUCGAUAAACCAACAUGGAACCAACUAUCUAUUGGAGUGUAUGCUGGCGCAAUGACAGUAGAAGUGGUGGCCAAUCGAUCAACCGUUGAAAUACAAAGAAGAACAGCAAAUUGGUUUAAAGCAACAUCCAUGGAAAUGGACAAACUACGAAAAACCAUUGGAAAGGCUACAGCUGAACUUGGAAGAAGGAAGAACAAUGUGGAAUUAGCACCAACGCCCAGGCAAGUCUCUAACAUCCGACUACUUGAGAAAAGAUAUCGUUGUUCCUCGAACGACGACAUCAAUUCACUUGUAGAGAGACUUAAACACCGGCUCCGGCUAUUAUCGGAAAGAAUAGAUCUUAGAAAGGCGGAUGAGAACCGAAUUAAGAUCAGGCGCUCUCCCCCUAAGAUGAUAUUCAUUGAUAAUAGUGGUGAAGAAAACACCAAUGCCACGGAUAUCCAUAAAAUCCGUAGGUAUUGGAAAAACAUUGUAGGUGUGAAAAAGGACUUCCAAGAGCAUGAUCAGCAUUUAGCAAAUUGGAAACAAUCUAUAUCCAACGUUUCUGAAGGUGGACGCAUAGGAGAUGAUCUCACGACGGAAAUGUGGCAAGAGGUCAUUAAGAAUCUAAAGCCCUGGAAGGCCAGUGGACCAGAUGGGAUACAAGGUUUCUGGUGGAAGUCAUUCCCCAGUGCCAACACCUAUUUGCACAAGCUGGUAUAUCACCACCUCACUACAGGAACUCCCUUACCACAAGGGUGGAUAGCCAAUGGUCGAACAGUCCUACUAUAUAAAGCAGGUUCCAGAGAUGAUCCGUCAAAUUUCAGACCCAUCACUUGUCUGAACACCUGCUACAAAAUUCUCACGGGAUACAUAGCUAUAUACAUGAGCCGGUAUAUAAAUGAGCGUAAUAUGCUGCCGAUUGAGCAGAGAGCAUUGCAAAAGAAUGUUUGGGGCUGCACACACGCACUCAUAGUCGAUCAGACGGUGGUUGCUGACGCAUACUAUCAAAAGCAGAGACCACUCAGUGUCGCAUGGAUUGACUAUGCAAAGGCAUUCGAUUCUGUACCGCACAAGUACAUACUCUGGGUACUUGAAGCAAUGCAAGUUCCUUCCCCGUUGAGAGCUCUGAUAAAGAGUCUGAUGACACAGUGGAGAGUGAAAUACGAGGUUAAAGCAAAACGAGGCAAGUGUAUUCGAAGCCAGUUUCUGAAGAUUAAAUCUGGAGUCCUUCAGGGCGACAGCUUUAGUCCACUUUUGUUUUGUUUGAGCAUGGCUCCGUUAAGUCAUGCCCUCAAUCAUCUUGGUCUUCGAUACGAAACGGCCUGCGGAAGAAAAGAAAACCUCACACUAUCUCUCACGCAUCAAUUCUACAUGGAUGACUUGAAGCUGUACGCCAGCUCAAGAGAAAAUCUGAAACAAUUGCUGAAUGUAGUAAAGGCAGUAUCAAAAGCCAUAAGCAUGAAGAUCAACACGAAAAAGUGCGCCACAGCACAUUUUGUACCUAAAUGGCUGAAGAACAGCAACACGGUAAGUACAACCACGGAUGAUGGUGACAUACCAACGCUAGAUGGAGGAAGCCACUACAAAUAUUUAGGUAUUGAUCAAAACAUGCAAGAAAAAGGUGAUGUCUCGUGGGAUCGUGUAGCCAAAAAGUGCCUGCAAAAGUGCAAACGCCUGUGGACCUCCGAUCUCACGUACAGACAAAAGGUAGCUGUAUACAACACUACCAUAAUACCAGCAUUAACAUAUGUCAGUGCAAAUCUUAUCAAAGUUAGCGGGAAAUAUGAAUCCCAAUUAGCUAAAGGAGAGAGCUUUGAUAAAGAUGUAAGAAAGUUGCUCGUGACUGAGAAAGCUAGAUAUAAAGCUAACUCAGUAAGUAGGUUAUACCUCUCAGCGGACAAAGGUGGUUGCAAUCUCAAAUCCACCAGAGAUUCAAUAGAAGAAACAACCAUCUACACCUGGGCAUACCUAUGCACUAGAGCAGACUUGAAGCCAUCGCUGAACCUCUUUGGGAAGAUGGCUAACAGAUCGAAACGAAGUAUAGUGAGUGAUGCGAGAAGUGUACUGAAGUCAUACAAAAUGACGGCUAAGGAAGACUUGGAAACGUCCACAGUUCUUGUGGAUGGAGUACAAUUCAACAAGGCCAAAAAGCUAGCGCAACAUGUAGUGGCAAAAAUGAGAGAUGUCAAUAACAUCAGACGUCUCGAAGAAUGGAAGAACUUGAAGCUAGCAGGACGAACCCUCAGGACAGAGGUAGAUAUCGACUUCACCGUAUCAUAUCUCUGGUUGAAAGAAGGUCGUCUAUCGUCGGUUGGAGUACGGAACACCCUCGCAGUGCAAGAAGGAUGCUUGUUAACGAAAACUCAUCCGGCAUGCGUGGGACAGAAUAGCAGCCUCAACUGCAGAAAGUGUAAUAGCAAAGAGGAAUCGAUAGAGCAUGUUACGUCCUCAUGUCCAAAAUGGCUAUGCACACUAUAUAUUGACCGACACGAUUCAGUAGCACGAAAUAUAUACUACAUACUCUGUAGAAAAUAUGAUAUACAACCGCCUCACUAUACACAGAGCGUUAGUUCUGUAAAAGAAACUGAAUACGUCAAACUAUACUGGAAUCAACCCGUGAUGACACGCACCAUCAUCCGACAUAAUAAACCAGAUAUAGUCGUAUUCGAUAAGGUAAAAAGAACUGCUGUGAUAUUUGAAGUAGCAGUAUCUUGGUUCACAGGCCUACAAAGGCAGGUCGAUAUUAAAGUAAACCGGUACUCAGUCAAUGGCAAUUGGGAGCAGGAGCUUGCAACACCCUACCCCAGGGGGGCUAAUCUCGUCACCGAGCUUACCACCAUGGGAUGGAAUGUAACUUUUGUACCAGUAGUUAUUGGAGUCACUGGCGAAACACUCUCCUCUCUCAUACAUAACUUACAAAGUAGCCUCACGAUCAAUAAGAGUUCUACCCUAAAACUGGUUGAGCGUCUCCAGAGGAGCGCAGUUUUGGGAACUAGUCGGAUUGUGAAAAACCAUCUGAGCACCUAA